AUGGCUGGUGCGACAAUUGAACAUCACGCAACCAGGACGCGUCAAUCAUAUCGCCCCGGGCUUCGAGUCCGUCGCUGCGGCCGACAAGAUUUCGAACGCUUCAACCAGGAGCUGGCCCGCGGAUCACAUCUCUGCGUGGGAUCAGGAGCAGUCGGCAAGGUCGAAAUCGAGUGCAAAUACCACUGGAGAAAGGCUCAAUGGGGUGUGCUUGGUCCCAACAGGCACCCUGCCGGUAUUGUCUAUAUUGACAUGACGAUUAACCAUGCCCCGGGCCACAUUCUCAGCAAUGCCAGUGUCCUCAUCACUCUAAGCGAGCAAGAUGCUUCCGUACUCGAAGCCGGAAGGAGAAGAACACCAAGACACGUGCGAACGUCGCUAGAAUCCGAUUAUGCGGUUCAAUUGACGGAGUUCUUUGGACCUCAAUCUCUUACAGGGCCAAAAAUUGUGACUUCCGAGGUCAAGGAGAAGGCUUUCGAGCCCACGCUUGGGGCUGGAGGCUUCUUCGAGAUAGGGGGGAUGGGAACUCGUCACAGCGUGACGAGAGAGCUUGUCGACAGCUGGACCUUCAAGGGAACGGUAAAGCGGGCAAAGAACGGAGAAGGGUUCCGGUCUCUCGAAUGGGAGCUCAACGAGAGCGAAAUAGACAACAAUACGUUCCGCAAGCACAUCUUUCAUACCGGCUUCGCGUUUGAGCACAGCGGUCGGCCAAUCACCAUGUGCGUUGAAGUCGAGGGACGACUUAAGAGCAAGAUGCGACAAAGCAAACACAAGCUUCUGCGCUUCUGUUCAAGAUCUGGCGAUACGGAUAAGUCGACGACAACUGAGAUCGACCUAUCUUCUGCCAUAUCUGUAUGCAGGAAACAACUAGACAGAAUCGCACACGGGCUGAACAUGGCGAUGCAAAAAGAGAACCACGAUACUACCCCGGUAGAGAUGCCACCGCCUAUGCCAGCGACGUUCGAAGAGGUGACCUCUUCGACAGAGAUACUUUCCGACAAAUCUGAUGAGGUGGAUGACUCUGGUGUUGAUGUUUUGACGCAGUAUCUCCAUCAACCUGCCACGGUAGAGAUUGAACAUGAAGUGUCGCCGGUAGAGAACGAAAGCGAAUUCUCCACGGGGGACGAAACGCUAGUCAAUGAGGGCGACAAUCACAGCGUCUUGGACAAGUCUAUCCGGUCACUUGGCAUAGUCACUGCUCAGCACGUGUUCAAGGUGUCUGAAGUUGUAGCACUUGCCCUCCUCAAUUGGGUCUUGAUGAUGGCCAAGCUCGUUGGCUCGGGUCAGCAAUUACAGCCAAGUACUAAACCAAUUUUCACCCAGAAGGUAGGGGUACCGCCGGAGUAUCGCCACAAAGCGCCGAGUCAGGAAACUUGGGACGUUGAAAUUGAUGCGCAGUACACAAAGCCCUCUCAGCAUCUCUUGAGUGCAAAACCCGUGGCGUCUAUCAGCGAUGGGCUCCCGCAGAUGAUGGUUUCUCUUCUGAAUGAGAAGAAGAUCCCGGAGCGCAUCCAGAUGCAGCGAAGGGGAAGUAUUUAG